AUGAGGAUCUAUCCAUUGCAGGUCAUCAUUUGGGCAAUGGUUGCCGCAGUUAUAGCCGUACCGAUUCGCAAGCAAGCCCCAAUAGGCGACAGCGAGCUCACGAACGCUAUCGAGGAGGGUAGCGAUCCAGACCUGACCGAAUUUAUCUUUCGACUUCGGGCCGGCAAAGAAGGGUCUGAGCUUCAGACCGCAGAAACCCCUUCUGUUACACGCACAAGUGAAGCGAACAAUUCCGGAGGGGUCCUGAGGAAUGCGCAGGCUGGUGGAUCUUGCUUCUGCUCUGGCGGCUCUGGCUGGGCGGCAGGCAUGGGGAGCGAGACCGGGGGCGCGGCGCUGCGGACGUAUGAUGCACAUCAUAGCCGGACGUGCGAGGCCCAGCGCGAGGGCUUGGCUGCUACUUUGUUGCUGUGUUGCAACGGCGGCGUCGAGUCAAGGCGUGUUUGGGCAGACGAGACUAGCACGGAGAGUGCGGGGUGCCUUGCGCUCACGAUGGCUGGGGGGAUUGCAUGGUCUAUGGAAGCGAAAGGGAGGCUUCCGCUUCCAUACUCCCCAGGUGCGUCUUCUUCAGCUCUGAAGAACACACUUCUGGGAGCUUGCAAUAUAUGGGCUGAAGAGGUCAAGGACGGUGACGAUGUCGGCCGUAUGAAAGAAGGAAUGCAGACCUGCGACAAGAAACAGCUUGGAUGA